AUGAAUCUUAUCUUGAUUACAAUAAUUCUUGCCAGUGGAAGAGCACCGAAAUUAUUAGUUAAAGCAUUUGUCACAAAUACCAACGCCAUAGCAGAUACAUCACACCCACCCACUUCAUCAUUAGCAUCAAAAGUAAUUUACCAAAGUCCCCUUAUGGAGAAAAUCUAUAAAGAAUUUAUUGUCUCAUCGAAGCCACUAAGCUUACGUAAAUACAGUAGCGGCUUAAAACAGAAGAAAACAAAGAAGGAUUCGAGAAUUUAUUACAUUCCCAUACCUCCAUCACCAUAUAGAUAUAUAGCAGGCGUUGAUUUUGGUGAAGUGUUUAUCCCACCGGGUCUAGAUGUACCUAAGCCACGUGUACUUCCUGAGUUUAAACGUCUUGCGCACGGUUUACGUUCAAGCAAUAUUAGUGUUUUAGAUGCCAAAACAUUCUACAUUCCCAAUUUGCACUACGAUGGCGCUGGUCCAGAUGCAUACUUCUGGGUUGGCAAUGGAUCAGAACCCAACUUAAUGGGUGUAAAGGUACCGAAUGAGAUUGGUUCACUGGAACCGUUGCGUGGAUAUCAAGGCGAAGAUAUUGAAAUCCAACUGCCAGACAAACUGACUGUUUACGAUAUAGAUUGGCUGGCGGUAUGGUGUGUGGAAUACAGGCAUAAUUUUGGACAUGUUUUCAUACCAAAAGACUUAGAUGUACCACCAGCCUUGGGCCAAACUAAAAUUACUCCUCCAUGGUGGUACACACCUACUACAACAACUACACCACGCCCAGUUUAUGCCAAUUGUCGCGAACUGUUGCCUAAUAGACUACAAGUCAAGUGGGAGUUGCAAGGCGAAUAUUUACAAAUUGAACUAUUUGGACGUAUUAAUGAGGAUCAGUACAUGGCCUUUGGUCUGUCAGGUGCUAAUGGACGUGCACAAAUGUCACAGGCGGACAUUGUUGUUGCAUUUUAUGACACCACUGCAAGAGUAUUCCGUGCCGAAGACUAUUUCAUUUCUGAUUUAUCACAAUGCGACGGUCAACAUGGUACUUGUCCAGAUGAACGCAUCGGUGGACGAAAUGAUGUUAUAGUAUUGAGUGGUGAUCGUAAAAAUGGUGUAACAAGUAUACGCUACAAACGUCUAUUACAAACUAAUGAACCUAUUUAUGAUUUGGCAAUACCAACGGAUCGUGAAGUUUCCGUUAUAGCCGCUAUUGGUCCGCUGAAUAGCCGCAAGGAAGCUAAUGCACACGCACAUACCGCUAGCGAUCAUAACGUCGAUGAUAUACGCAUCAAUUUUUCAGCACGUAAUGAUCACUCCUGCAAAAAUUCACUAUACAACGUAAAAGAUGAAACUGGUCCAGCACCUUGGCCUACACGCACCAUUAUGAAUGAAUAUAUGUUUACAGCUAGAAUUGGUCCUACCGGUGGGAAACGGGGUUAUACACCAAUAACUGGUGUACCAUCUUGGGGCAUUGCUUGGUACUUGAAUGAUCUCUUAAUACCAGAACUUACUGUGCAACGUGGAAAAACUUAUGAAUUUUAUGUGGAAGGUGGUAAUAAUCCCUCACAACCAGCCAGAUAUCAUCCUUUUUAUAUAACGGACUCACCUGAAGGUGGUCUUGGCCAAAAGACUGGUUUGGAAUUGAAUAAACAAAAGACUUAUGCAGGUGUUGAAUAUGAUGAAGAUGGUAAUGCUAUACCAACGGCAGCCGGUCGUUAUUGUGAAUGGGAACAUCGCACUGUCGAUCGUUCCGCCGAAAUUGAUACCUUUGAGGAAUAUAUGAAAACUUUGGAACUAGACUGUGAAGAUGGUGAGCCUGGCUAUUUAAAUUGGACCGUACCAAUGGAUGCACCUGAUUUGCUUUAUUAUCAGUGUUUCACCCAUAAUAACUUAGGGUGGAAAAUAAAUGUCAUCGACAGUAAAGACUCCGCUGCUGGUCUUAAACUAACGGCAACCCAAAUACUUAUAUGCUUUGUAUCUACUGUAUUUAGCCUGGUUGCGACACAAAAUAUUAUUGGUUAUAGAUUAUUUGCCUGAUAGUCAAUUAAUAUAAUACUAAAUUAAAUUGGCAAAUUUUGUGAUU